ACUUUGAGAGAGAAAAAUGAAAAACAAACACACCUAUCUGUUUUGACAUUUCUAAUUUCUGACACUUGCAUAACCCCCUUUAAUUUUUUUUUUCUAUUUUCCCAAAGAAAACUUUAAAAAAUGUUCAAAAAGAUUAUUCCAUUAACCAGUAGGUUAAUUGCUGGACAAAUGCCAACAGUCCCUUGUCGACUGAGUUCAACCAAAAAAUACAGUCUGUUCGAGCCCGAUUAUUUGGAUUCCCUUAAACCAAAAUACCCUCAAUAUGAAAGUCUUAACGUAUCCAUAAAAGGAUAUGAUUAUCCCAUCUUGGAAUCUUAUCAAAGAUUUCUACAUAGCCUUGCUGAGUACUUAGACUUGGAUGUUUCUGAUUGUUAUGCUCUACCACCUCAACAAUCUAAAAUUCAAAGAUAUCGACCGAAUUCUACGAUAAUCGAUUCUGAAUACAAAUUAACCAUGUAUGAGAGGAAUCUACAAAUCAACGAUGUCGAUGUUCCGAUUUAUCCCGUCUUUCUUCGCAUUGCACAAUCUGCUCUUCCUGAGGGUGUUAAUUUGUCUGUUCAAGAGCAUGAUGAUGAUUGUGAGGAAAGAAGAUAUGUUCCCGAUAAGGACUUGUUAGAACUAAAGGCACAACUUGAAGAAAUGCAGGCUUCAAAGAAAAAGUAGAAUAGUUGAGAAUUAAGAAAAACAAGAAGGUAAAUAAAUUUUAAUAAACAAAAAUAUUCU